AUGCUUUUAUUCACGCGAAAACAUAAUUGGGAAUCUAUCUAUCUAUCUAUCUAUCUAUCUAUCUAUCUGAGUUUCUUCAUAUCUAUCUAUCUAUCUAUCUAUCUAUCUAUCUAUCUAUCUAUCACUGUUUUUAUUAUCUAUUUCAAUUUGUUCAGUAUCUAUCUAUCUAUCUAUCUAUCUAUCUAUCUAUCUAUCUAUCUAUCUGAGUUUCUUCACAUUUAUCUAUCUAUCUAUCUAUCUAUCUAUCUAUCUAUCUAUCUAUCUGAGUUUCUUCAUAUCUAUCUAUCUAUCUAUCUAUCUAUCUAUCUAUCUAUCUAUCUAGCUGAGUUUCUUCACAUCUAUCCUUCCAUCUAUCUCUCUACUACUCAUAUCUAUCUAUCUAUCUAUCUAUCUAUCUAUCUCAUUAUCCACCUCAUGCGGUCCAUAUCUAUCUAUCUAUCGAUCUAUCUAUCUAUCUAUGUCAGUUUGUUGAUAUCUAUCUAUCUAUCUAUAUAUAUAUAUAUCGAAGAAUUCACAUUAUCUAUCUAUCUAUACAUAUAUCGAAGAAUGCACAUUAUCUAUCUAUCUAUACAUAUAUCGAAGAAUGCACAUUACCUAUCUAUCUAUCUAUCUAUCUAUCUAUCUAUCUAUCUAUCUAUCUAUAUCAGUUUUUUGAUAUCUAUCUAUCUAUCGAAGAAUGCACAUUAUCUAUCUAUCUAUACAUAUAUCGAAGAAUGCACAUUAUCUAUCUAUCUAUCUAUCUAUCUAUCUAUCUAUAUAUAUAUAUAUAUAUAUAUCGAAGAAUGCACAUUAUCUAUCUAUCUAUCUAUCUAUCUAUCUAUCUAUCUAUCUGUCUGUCUAUCGAAAUAUAUUCGUUCACUCAAUCUAUUUCCAACAUAA